CCUCGUCUCAAUAAAUAGCCUACAUACCACCCUCCUGCUUCAAACCAGCUAUGUAAACGCCCACCGCGAAAACAUGUCUCGCAAACCCCCUCGCGGAGAAUAUAUCGAGACAGACACGGGCAACAAAGUAAGCCGCAAGUCGCAGAUCAUCGGCACCCAGAAUAUCAUCCUCGGCGGCAAAUCCGUCAUCCAGGCGGAAGUUAUCAUCCGCGGCGACCUGGUGCGCACGCUCGACGCGCCGGCUGGUGGGACAGAGAAGAAGGCGCCUGUGGUCGCGGUCGCGGUCGCGAUUGGGCGGUACUGCUUCCUUAGUCGGGGAUGUGUGUUGAAGCCGCCUGGGCGGGUGAUGAAGGGGGUCUUUAGCUACCACCCUCUCAAGCUCUCUGAUCACGUCUUCAUUGGGCAGAACUCGAUCGUGGAGGCGGCGAUAGUGGGGAAUAAAGUGCAUAUCGGGAAGGACUGUGUGAUUGGCAAGUUCGCGCUCAUCAAGGACUGCGUGCGGAUCCUGGAUGGGACGGUCGUGCCGCCGGGGAUGGUGAUACCGAGUUUUUCGGUUGUGGCAGGGCGUCCAGGAAGGGUGGUUGGGGAAGUGCCUGAGGGAGGGGAAGAGGCGUUGGAGGGGAGAGGGAUUUACAGGACUAUUGUCAAUUGAGGCGUUGGCUGGGACCGGGGGAGAUGUGAAAAGGAUGGAGGCUUUGAGAUACCCAUUUGCUGCGUGAUGAUGAACAAAGGAGAUAAUUAAAUCCGGAGAGACGAAGAGCCGAAGAGCCAGGUACACGCAUUGUUACUUCUUAGGAAAACAAAAUCUAAUAUAGUCCA